AUGUCGAGUUCCGUAAAAACACGCGACUCCGCGCUUAACGCCAUUAAGCGGUAUAUGGCCAAGAGUACGGACGAUGCUUUUACAAUGGAUGCAGAAAACAUAAAAAGUUAUAUGCAACUGCUCAGUGAGCAGUGGACUCGUUUUAAUAGCGCUCAAGAUGCGGUCGAAAUUUCGUGUGGAAGUGACAAUGCAGAAAUUGAAGAAAGUGUGCGAAUUCAAGCUGAGACGUGGUACUCUACGGCUUUAGCAAAUUUUAAUCGCGUACAGAAGUGUCGUACCGAAGCGCAACCCGCGUCCGUGACAACGCCUGUGUCUGCAGCAAUACGGCUGCCAAAGAUGGAGCUGCCCAAAUUCUCUGGGGACUCCACGGAGUGGAUCGGUUUUUUUGACGCAUUUUCUACCUUGGUCGACUGUAAUGCCGCCUUGUCAAAUGGUCAAAAACUGCACUAUCUUCGCAGUUGUUUAAGGGGUGACGCGUUAAAAAUCAUAAGUGGGUUUAAGAUAUUUGAUGUUAACUAUGAAGAAGCUUGGGACUUACUAAAAUCGCGUUAUAAGGUCAUGAGCGUUAUAGUUGAAGGACAUUUUAGAGCUAUGGCCAACGUAAAGAGGGCAGCUAGUGAUACCGCCGACGCAAUUAAGGGAGUGAUCGACGCCUUCCAGCAACACAUACGCGAGCUUAAGGCUUUGGGACGUCCAGUGGAGUUUUGGGACGAUUGGCUAGUGUACGAACUAGUCAAUAAAUUAGACUUCGAGACACGAAAGCAAUGGGGGCUAUCACUCGUCACUGAUGAGCCUCCGUCAUUCGAACAGCUGUCCACGUUUUUAGAAGUUAGAUGUCGUUCUCUAUCAAUGCUAUCAUCGUCAACGGUAUUAGUGCCAGCUAAGGGUAAAACCGCGUCGGUGUGUAAGUCUACGAAUGUGUUUCACGCAGUGCAAGAUCAGAACAGCACGGGCUGUACAUUUUGUAACGGGCCGCACAAAAUAUACAGUUGUGAAAAAUUUCGGGACCUUGACGCAAACGGUAAAUCUAAAUUUGUGAGAGAAUCGCGCGUGUGUAUGAACUGCUUGAGUUCAGGCCAUUAUAAGGCAAAGUGUAACAGCACAUCUGCAUGCAGGAUUUGCCAUCAACGCCAUCACACGCUGUUGCAUAAUACUGCCGCUACAACUAACGCUACAACCGUUGCUCAUUUCGUCAACAGGUCGUCGCCCAUGCUACGAGCUCAGAUGACCACUGGCCGGUAUUGA